CUAUAAUCCCCCCACCCCAGCAGAGUCCCACGUGCAGAGCAAAGGUGUCCAAGGCUACUAUUGUGCCACCGGAUCAAGUACCGCUGCUAACACGCCGGACAUGUCCUCGACUAGUUCGAGGGUGACCCCGUUGGCUGCUGGGGCGAAUAGCAAUAUGAUGGCUCCACCUACAGUGGCGCCUAGCAUAAGCAGUAUACCUGAGUUCGGCACGUCUAUUGGUGGGUUGAGACAACAGCAGCAGCAGCAGGCUAUGGCCAUGCACCAGGCAGCAGCAGUGGCGGCUUCUC